UUCGUCCCCAAGCUGAAGCUUCUCUCACAAAAAUUACAGGUCCGAUCAGGUCAAUUACUCUCUCUCUCUCUCUGAUCUGAGUCUCUGUAUUCUAUAUGAAAUUGAACACCCGGCCGCCAUGUCACUUCUCCCUCUAAAUCUCCUCCUUCUUUUCUCCCUCUUCUUUCCAUCUCAAUGCCACCGACUAAACACCGAUCAGUCCUUCAUUUCCAUGCUCAUAACUCAAAAAGGCCUCGAUUUCACCAAAGAUUUACUUGUAUCAAAAGCAAUCUCCUCAAUCACCCCCCUCCGGAUUCCCCAAAUUGAAAAAGUCAUUAAGAUCCCUUUCCUAGGAAGCGUAUACGUUGCUUUAUCCAACAUCACCAUCUAUCAAAUCGACGUACCCACGUCCUAUAUCAAGCCUGGAGACAACGGAAUCGCCAUAGUAACAUCUGGAAGCACCUGUAAUUUGACUAUGGAUUGGCACUACUCCUAUAGCAGCUCUUGGUUUUUUCCCGUUAAGGUUUCAGAUAGUGGCCGUGCAUAUGUUGAGGUUAAGGGCAUGGAAAUUGGGAUUACUCUAGGAUUGAAGAAUGUUGAAGGAUUUCUAGAGAUGUCCCUUUUGGAAGGCGGUUGUUAUGUUACUGACAUUUCUAUUGCAUUGGAUGGAGGCGCAUCUUGGCUUUAUCAAGGGGUUGUGGAUGCUUUCGAUGAACAAAUAACAUCUGCAGUUGAAAAUGCAAUUACUAACGAACUUAAAUCGGGAGUUUCCACUCUCAAUUCCUUUCUUCACGAACUUCCACAGGAAAUCGCUGUCGACGAAACUGCAUCCCUAAACGUUACUUUUGUAAAUAACAUUACGCUGACUGAUUCUUCUGUCGGGGUUGAGAUCAGCGGUCUGUUUUCGAGAAGGAAAAUCGAAUCGUUUUCAAACCACGAUUUCAGUAACUCUCAAAGUGUCGUUUCAUGCCAUGAUAAUUCGAAGAUGCUUGGAAUUUCGUUAGACGAGGCAGUGUUUACAUCCGCUUCUAAUUUAUACUACAAUACGGAAUUGAUGCAAUGGAGUGUGGAUAACGUACCUGAUCAAUCUCUUUUGAACACUGCUGGAUGGAAAUUCAUUGUUCCUCAGCUUUACAAGAAAUAUCCAAACGAUGAUAUGAGUCUGAAAAUUACCCUUUCGUCUCCCCCAGCCAUGAGAAUCUCAUCCCAGAAUAUUGUUGCAACCGUCAACGCAGAUUUAACCAUUGAAAUCAUUGACAAUGGAGAAGUGGUUCCCGUUGCUUGUAUUUCAUUGGUUAUACAUGGCUCUGGAUCGGUUAAAAUUGUACAAAAUAACCUUGCUGGCAGCGUCAAAUUGACUGAUUUUACAAUGGUGUUAAAAUGGAGUAAAAUCGGUAAUUUGCGAAUGUUCCUGAUACAGCCUGUGGUGUGGACAGUAAUUGAAACAGUUGUCUUGCCAUAUACAAACUCGCACCUGGAACAAGGAUUCCCUCUGCCCGUGAUUCAUGGGUUUACCCUACAGGAUGCGGAAAUAAUCUGCUCAUCGUCGAAGAUUACUGUUUGCAGCAAUAUCGAUUAUACGGAUGAUUCACCAUCACUUGGUUUCAACCUGUCUUCCACUUUACAGAAACACUUUUCAUCACUCUUCAUGAAAGGUGUUCAAAAUGAGGUCUUAUUUGUGUAGUUUUUUGCUUCUUUUUUACAGUUUCAAUCAAUGUAUAUAUUUGUAUUAUAAGUAUUUCACUCA